AUGGAUGCUGGAGCGUGGAGCAAAAACUACUUGAAGCUCAAAAAUGUGCAGGUGGAAGGGACGCGGUUAUCGGUACAAUCAGCUGAUGCUACAAAAGCUUUUUUGCCUUAUCAGAUUGAUCAGGUCAAGUCCAGUGCUGUAAACGAGUUAUUACCCGAUUUACGCAUUAAAAUUGAGGAAAUCGCUUCUGGAAAAGCUGUAAAUGUCAUGUACAAUAUUUCGACCAAUUCGGUGAAGAGUGAUCAAAUUUACGAUUUCAAAGUGGAAGCAUCGAUGGAUGGCGAGCUAAUUGCAGUUGAGGAUACAAGAACAUUCGCUGUCCAGCAGUUCAUUUCACCUAGUAAACUGCUUGUUUCGCUUAAUUCAACACCAGGCUCGUUGUUCUACUACGAUGUGCAGCAAUCAGCCAUCCAUACCGUCUUGCCACUUACAUUUGUUGAUGUUAGCUGCUUUACGGUUGAUUCUUCAAUCUAA